AUUUCAUCAAUUCAAGCGUUUACAAACGUGAUAACAUGGGUCACACCAGCAUGGCAAGGCUUUCCGACAGCCGGAGCCCCGGUAUCUCCUCAUUUGCUUUCACGAACGUCGGGUCCCCAGAUGCGACCCUGCUUUAGCGCCGGAAAGGAUUAACAUUCUGGAAGAGUAGGAACAAAGCUAAACCGAACGGACACUGGUCAAUAAGUAAGUCUGGGCGUCAUCCUAAUGUAGUUCGUUUUACGGGUGCUCUUACCCAAAGAACUUCUUCUGAAAACAGAAAAUAUUGCCUGAGCCACCGUCUUGUGGUUCCUGAAAAAGAAACGGCAUCACUGUCGUCAGAUUCCACGAUGUCUGUGAUCACUUUAUAAAAGCACAACAACAGCAUGGCGAGGCAUGCUGGACGAGCUGCAACAAUCAAGUGUUCCAGCUGAACAGAAUGAAAGAAGCGAGCGAAUAUUUGUUGCUGUCAGUCCAGCAGGUCCCCCCACAGCAGAGGCUGCGUAGCCUGGCUGCUGAUGAUUAUCUCCUUCUUGCACUCGCCUUGCUCUGGAGCCUCUAUCAUCUGCGUUCUCGGAGGACGGUUUCGAAAGCAGAAAUUUGGUAUGUCCGACCACAGAGAUCGAUUCAAGGCCUAGGAUCCAGUUCAGGCAAAAGCCAGAGUCGAGAUAUAGCAUCAAAGCUUGAGCAAACAGGCGCCAGAGUCCUGAUCUUAUGGUCAUCGCAAUCCGGAACCUCAGAAGAGUUCGCCAGCAAACUUGGCCAGGAAUUGAAGAGCAUUUUCCAGUUGUCUACUUUGGUGGCGGAUCCGUCCGAGUAUGACCUGGAUUCUUUCAAUGGCAUCCCAAAAUCGACUAUUGUGCUCUUUUUCAUGUCCACAUAUGGCGAGGGGCACCCUGCAGACAAUGGGCUCUCGUUCAUGGACUGGUUGACCAAAAGUAAAGCCAGUGCCUUCAGAACUGUUCCAUACGCGGCUGUCGGAUUUGGGAAUUCCACAUACACGUUCUAUAACAACGUCAUCGAUCGCGUUGAGGCGGUGCUUGCUGCGGCCGAAGCAAAACAGAUCUUUCCAACCUUACGUCUGGACGCUUCUCGGAAGAACUCCUACGAAGGCUACCUAGAAUGGAAGAGUGACAUUUUCAACACUUUCAGAGCCCUGCUCGACCUGAAGGAGCCCGAAUUCGAUUUUGUGUACAGCCACACCGCGACUUGGUUGCCUCUCUCCGAAAGCGAGGAGAACCUCCGUGGCAAUUCCGACUCUGCAGUCAGAUUAAGUCAGAGGUCUGACAAUUACGAGGCGCUGGCAUUGCCUAUUCGGCACGCCGAACGUCUAAUCGACUCGGAAAUACAGACUUGCCUUCAUUUCGAGGUUGACCUGUCAAAGUUGCCAGAGUUGAAAUAUCGAACAGGAGAUUAUAUCCUGGUCUCCGCGCCUAACUCUUCAAGGGAUGUCACAGACUUGCUGGAGCUGUGUGGCCUGGCAACGAAAAGAGCAGACCCCCUUGAAUUCAAAUCAAGUGGUUCACCGUGGCCCACUUCGGCUCCAAGUAUUGUCACUACAGCCGAGGAGCUACUGACUUCGGCCGUCGAUAUUUCUUCAAGCAUUCCCCGCGAUCUUGCUGGGAAGCUGGCCAGAUAUGCGCCGACAUCCGAAGCUCAAGAGUAUUUGCUCCGCCUCUCCCAGGAUAAGAACAUGUUCGCAAAGCUCGGUCAUGUCAGUGUAGUGCGUCUGUUGAAGCACAUUGAGCCUCACCGACAGUGGGCGAUUCCGGUCGUCUUCUUUUUCGAGUUCCUGCCUCGAUUGAGACCGCGAUACUACUCGAUCUCGUCUUCUUCUGUACAGCAACCCCGUCAAGCCAGUGUGACAAUCUCCAUCAAGCAUAAAGCGAUGGGCCAAGCAACCAGAUAUUUUCUGUCGAAGCAGGAAGAGUGGGAGGCCUUCGGCAAGUCUGGCCAACCACAAAAUCGGCCGGAUCACGGUCAGGAUCCUUCCCGGGACGAUGAGCGUAUCCCAACCAUUGCAGCUACCAUAAAACCAUCGAACUUCCGCCUUCCCUUGGCUUCCGUGACCCCUGUAAUUCUCAUCGCCACAGGAACGGGUAUUGCACCUUUCCGUGCCUUCAUCCACGAGCGCGCCCGCAUCAAACAGAUGCAGGGGACGAAAGCCGGGAAGAUUCUGCUCUUUAUGGGCUGUCGAACUCCAGAUGACUUUAUCUAUCAGGAAGAACUGCGUGAAAUCCAAAACAACAUCUUCAACUUGGACGAGGCACAAUUUCAGAUCAUCACAGCAUACUCAAGACCGAAUGAGGCAGACGUAAGUGAGAGGAACAGUCGUGGAAAAUGCUACGUGCAGGAUAAGAUCCGGACCUACGUAGUCGAGGUCCUCCAUCUAUUCCUGGCGGAGAAUGCGGCGUUGUACCUCUGUGGACAUGCGGCAAUGGCGAGAGAGGUGGGAAAAGUGAUUGGUGAUGCAGUCAUGCCCAGGAAUGGGGAGAGCGACAAGACUUGGACAGAGUUGAAGGAGGCUAAGAGAAAGCAGAGGAAAUGGCAGGAGGAUGUUUGGUAACGACAAUCUGCACUUUGCCCUACGGAGCACUGUCGAAAUCCCAGUUCGUCCGAAAUGCAAAAGUCAUGCCGCAACGACGAGCACCCCGACAAAUUCUUCUAACUCUGUGUAAGGGCGAUGGCCCGGCUUGAACCAGCCGGGGCUGGAUUCUCGUUCAAUUUAUACGAGUAGACAGUUUAGGGCAGCGUACGGAGUAAGGACAGGAAAUUUACCACGGC